AUGAACCAAAGUAGAAAUAAUUCAUACAAGUUUGAACAGUCUAAUUUGAAUAUAAGACAGAUUAUUUCAAAAAACAUAUAUCCAAUUAAAGUUCUAUUAAAACUGUAUAAGCCUCUAAAUGUUCCAAAGAGUAUUUUUAAAUUGGAAACUGUUGUUCAAAAAAAUAAUUCUCAUGGUUCCAGUAAUUUUAGUUAUGUUAAAAAUACUGGCUCUAAUGGACAAUAUUUCAAUAAUUUAGAGAGGAAAAAUAAAAAUGGAUAUUUUAACAAUUAUAAUAAAACUUCUGGCACAUUUGAAUCUAAUCAAUCUCCUCCAAAGACUUCAAAAGUAUCAGAAGAUACUGGAGCUAGUGGAAUAACAGAUGGAUAUUCUUGGAGAAAAAACAAACCAAUUACGAUAGAAAGCACUCUUAAUCAGGAAUGUGCACAAAUUAAUCAUAACAAAUCAUGUAGAAACAAUGAGGGGACAGAAGUUAUCGGAAGUUUUAGUGCUCUUAACCGAAUAAAUGAUUUAGAGGAAGAUAUGUCAUCAAUUAAAAAAAUCUUAAACAAGAGAUUUGAAAAAGAGAGUAUUGAUUCUGAGAAAUUCAUUAGAAACAAACUCGUUAUGGCAUUGGAAGGAAUAGACUACAAAAAUUCACAAAAUCAUAACAAUGAAAUGUUAUCUGGUAUUGUUAAUGACAAUGAAAAAAGUAAAAUUCUAUUUUCUGAUAAAUUAAUUGAGACAGGAAGUAAUUUGACUGAUGAAAUGGCUCAUAAUACGUUAUGUAAUGAUUUAAAGGAAAUACAAUUAUCCAAUAACUUUUAUAAGGGUAACUAUACAUCAUUAGAUUCAAGACUAUUUAAAAGUAAUAUAGUCAAAAAUAAUAUCUUGAAUGCCAAACAUUUAAAUAAUUCUAGAACUAUUCAAAAUGUCAAUAUUAAUAAUGAUAUCAAUAACUUUAAUGACAAUAGUAAAGUUAUUAACAAUAACAUCAAUUUAAUGGAAAUUGAAACUGAGGAUUCUUCAUUAGUAAACAAUUUUCAAAAUAACCAUAGUAAUUUGAGGAUUGAUAGUCACCAAUUUAUUCAAAAUAACCAAAACAAUAUUGGUUUAGAAAUAAGGCAAGAAAUAGAUGUGCUUGAUAACCCAAUGUGGCUAUAUAAGGAAUCAGGUUCUUUUACUGUGAAUGGACCUUUCUCAACAAAGCAAAUGAGUAGUUUAUGGAAAAGUUAUACAUUUACUCACAAAACUUUAUUUACAAUGAUUUCAAAAUACGUUUGGGGCCCAAUAAACUUAUUUUAUCCAGAUGUUAAAUCAACAUUUACUUAUAUUCCAGAUUUGGAAGUAAUAUCUCAAAGACUUACAGAUGUUUCAUUCCAAAAUGAUAAAGUAGAGAAAAUCAAAAGUGAGGAUAUCUCAUCUAUUAUUUCAGAAAUCAACGAAUUGCAAUUAAAUGUAAGUGACCAUAUUUCUGCUCCAAAGUUGAUCAAUAAUACUAUAAAUAGUGAAAAGGUAAAUAAGAAUUGUAAUAUUGAAAAAAAUGAUUCUAAUACUCUGAACUCUGAAAAUAAUCAUCCAAUUGAGGUACAAGAGCUAAAGUCUAAUGAAUUUGUUGUUGAAUCACAAAAAAAUGAGAAAAGUUGUGAAUUUGAGCCAAAAAUACAGUAUAAAUCCACAAAAGUUCCUUGGGGUGGGGUUAAUAGUGAUAACUCAAAAACAAAGAAAGAAGUGAUAAAUUUUCAGGAUAUUUUAAGACAAGAAGAAAUCUCUUCUAAGGAGAAACUCAAAAUAGAAGCAAUGAAUCGAGCAAAUGAUUUGUGUAAUUCAGAAGCUCUCAAUAUCAAAGAUACACCUAAAGGAUGGAAAAAAAUUAUUCCCAAGGAAAAAUCAACUGUUUUUUUGGAAUCAAUUAAUGUGCAGGAUCCUCAAGGAUGCAAUCAAUCUAAGCAGAGCUUUGCUAAAGUUCCAAAUUCAGUAAAUUUAAAUAUUAAUCAUGGGAAUAAAUGGAAAGGUUGGGGGAUCAAAACAGGCGAACCAACAAACACUGAAUUAUUUGAAAGUAUUACUUUGUAUUCAACCAAUAACUUUUCAAAAAAUCAAAAACAAAAAAAUAAUCAAAAUGGUUUUUGGGAAAUGUGUAAUUCUGACUCUUUACAGAAAAAUUCUGUUUUGGGAAAUAGUGAUCACAAUGUUACAUGUAAUAAAGUUAAUGACAGCCUUGCUUUAGAAGCAAUCGAUCAUAAAGCAGAAUGUAAUUUUGAUGAGAUUGACAAGGCAGAAAUGAAUAAAGAUUUUUAUGACAAGGAAUCUACAUUUACUACAACCAAUAAGCCUUCAAAUCAUAAAAACAAGAGGAAGAAGGGAAAGAAGGUUGACUCCUCUUUAUUGGCUUUUGGAAUACGUUCGGAUAAGCCACGAAAUUUGAAUUAUGAUUUGGAUUAA